ACGCGGCAGCCGGCGACGCCGCAGCGAGUUUUUCUCAUGCUGCCAGACGCCGGCGGCGCAGAGCGCCUCCGAAAGGCGUACCCGUCGCGCGCGUCCGUACCUUCUGUCGUAGUGACGGUGACAUGCCGCGUACUUAGGAACCAAGUUCGGGUAACGCCAUGCCCAUGGACCUGGAACUGGUGUUGUCGGCCAACCCGCCGCUCUUUGUGGGCAGCGAGUGCCGGCUCAGCGUGUGUGCCCUGCAGCAGAGCAACCCGCUCUUCCAGACGUGCUCCAUCAAGCGCAACUACCGACGCGCCUCCACCAAUGUGCCGCCCAUCAAGCCGUGCAUGUCUCCGCGCGACGAACAAAUUCAGAGCGAGCCGACGAGUCCGACGUCGUCGAACCGCAUCAAACGGCGAGUGUCGUUCGCCGACGACAAGGGCUACUCGCUCACCCAGGUGCGCGUCAUGAAGGAGCCCUCGGACAGCCCGCCGCGGUGGACCGACGAGUUUGUGGCCCGGAUAACGCGCGACAUGCGGCUCGACGCGCCCCUCUGGGAGACCGCCUUCACGCAGCCGGCCUCGGAUUACCUCGAGUUCCGGCAGACGCUCGAUGCCAACCUGGUGUCGCUCGAGAACGUCAUCGUGAAGAGCGACGAGCUCAUCACGGGCACCAUCAAGGUAAAGAACGUCACCUUCGAGAAGCGCGUCUUUGUGCGCGCCACCUUCGAUGGCUGGAAGACUAUGCAAGACUAUGCGGCCGAGUACGUGGCCAACGGCCACCUAAGCAACAUGUACGACACCUUCUGCUUCUCGAUUCCCAUCCCGCCGUCGGCGUCGAGCAAUUUAGGCGUGAUAGAGUUCUGCGUUUGUUUCGAGCACGACAAGCAAGAACACUGGGACAAUAACAAAGGAAAGAACUACAAGCUGGUGGCGUUAACCAAAAAGGCUCCCAGCCCAACAGUGGUGCGACGCUUUACAGACGCCCUCAAGGCGGACGUGGACUCUUGGACAGAGUUUGCCAGUUGGAAGAACCUGGCCUCAGAGGGGCCCUACUGGUGACUGGAGUGCAGGCUAUUUGCUCCCUCCCUUAAUGAACCACUCUCGCUUAUUGUGCUGUUUUUAAAUUAGCUUCAGUGUGAUAGGUUUAAUUAAUUGUUCCUGUCAGCUUACUACUGCGAGAGAAGUUGGACAGCAUACGGUUAGGCAACGGCACUGGUCACAUCAUGGUUGUGCAAACUGUUAGUGAAGUAGCGGUGUUUGCAUUUUGCAUGACUGUACGAGAUGCGCUUACACGAAAGCACCACUGCUUGUCCACGAAACGAGUUUCUAGUCUGAGAUCAAGUGCGUCUGCAGCUUGGACAUAUGAAAGUGCUAAGGACUGCUCGUCUAGUCCUUGCUCGAGUGCGCUGUACAUGUGCUGCUUAGAGGGGGCUAUAUUUUCUGAGAAGUGCAGACCUGUCGUCCGAGUGUACCUGUCUCGUGUGCCAAGCAACUUGGGGACAUUUGGAGUGCUUUACAAGUGGUCGGCUACAUGCAGAGUUUUGUACAUACUCAUAUUUUUGGGUGCCCUAUUUACACCUUGCCUAGAUAUUUAGCAAAGCUUAGUGAGUUAGGUUCUUCGUGUAUAUUGCAAACAUUUGUGCACUGGUUGGCACUUCAGAGGCGUGGCCGCGUUCCUAGUGCAGGCCUCACGAUGCUCAGGGCUAUGUAAGCCAUGAUAUAAGGAAACGUUGCUUCAGGCAAUCCACUGUGAGCAGUGUAUUAGCGAUUCCUUCUGUAGUGUAUAGGGCUACGGUGCCUGUAUGCGUGAUUAGGAUAAUGUAUGUCUCAGGACACUUUGUUCUGUCUUUCAGAAGUUGUUGCCAGCCUUUUUCUUUGUACAUACGAACUUUGUUGGUUUUUCCUGCUCUCUGAUAACCCGUGCCAUGGUAUUUUACUCCAGGACGUUUUUAGCACAAUCGCAACGAAUUGUUGAACAAUAAAAAAAACUU